AUGGAAGGGCAGCAAGAAAGGAGGAACGUUGGAGAGAAAGAAGGCGGCCAACCAAGCAGGAACAGUGGCCAAACUGGUUCCGAGCCUAAGGAGCAUAGGAUUGACAUUGUUGAAAUCAGUCCUAAGGAGCUUAAAGCUGCCGGGAUCCAUCUCAAACGAAGUAGAACCAGUUUCUUGACAGACAUUUCUUUCAAAUCCUGCUUCUUCUGUGGCUACCUGAAACUUCCCCAAAUAAUCAUUGAUGACUUCACGAAGCCCAAGUUCUUGAACAUUGUAGCCUAUGAAAUGUGUCAAGAUGGCCCAUAUGACUAUGCUGUCACUUCUUAUAUGUGCUUCCUUUACGACAUCAUUGAUCAUGCAGACGAUGUCAAGGAGCUGAGAUCUAAGCACAUUCUCUCCAACCUUCUUGGCAGCGAUGAAGAUGUGGCCCAACUUUUCAACGAGAUCAGCAAUGACUUAGUAGAUCCAGAAGCUUAUAAAGAUGUGAAAGAUCGUAUUCAGGAACACUACAACAAGAGAAUGAAUACUUGGAUAGCUCAAGCCCUUCACGACCAUUUCAGUACUCCAUGGACUAUCAUCGCUUUCAUUGCUGCUGUUUUGAUACUAUUUCUUACCAGGGUUAAUUGUGACUUGUGUGUUUUUUUCUUGUUUGGUGUGUAUGAUUAG